AUGGCCGUGGCUUUGGAUGCAGUGUGGUUGAGGGUGAAGAACGUCUGCAAACAGAAUGGGCUCCUCAUCAUGUCGGUGCUGGCUGUAAUCAUUGGAUGUCUUUUGGGAUUCUUCCUGCGGACACGGCGCCUCACGGAGCAGGAGGUGAAGUACUUCCAAUUUCCUGGAGAGCUGCUGAUGAGGAUGCUGAAGAUGCUGAUUCUCCCACUCGUCGUUUCCAGUUUGAUGUCAGGACUGGCAGCCCUCGACGCCAAGUGUUCCAGUCGGCUCGGCCUCAUCACAGUGUCUUAUUACCUGUGGACCACCUUUGUGGCCGUGGUAGUGGGAAUCAUCAUGGUCUCCAUCAUCCACCCAGGCGGUGCAGCACAGAAAGAGGACUCUGAGGACAGUGGCAAGCCUAUCAUGAGUUCUGCUGAUGCUCUGCUGGACCUCAUCCGCAACAUGUUUCCAUCUAAUCUGGUCCAGGCCACAUUUCAGCAGUAUCGAACGAGUAGUGAGUACACUGUUGUGAAACCCAAGCCAACGGUGAGUCAAGCCCAAUCAGAGUCCACCACACGGCGAGCGCUCAUCUACGGUAUCCAGGACGAUAAUGGGACUGACAUUCAGAACUUUGCCCUUGACCUGACUCCGCCCCCUGAUGUGCUCGUACGCAUACGAGAAGGAACCAGCGAUGGAAUGAAUGUCCUUGGAAUUGUUAUAUUUUCAGCCACCAUGGGUAUUAUGUUGGGAAGGAUGGGGCCAAAUGGCAGCGCCUUGGUGAACUUCUGCCUGAGCCUGAAUGAGGCCGUCCUUAGAAUUGUUGCCAUUGUUAUAUGGUACUUCCCGUUUGGCAUCGUGUUCCUGGUGGCCGGUAAAAUCCUGGAGAUGAGCGAUCCGUCAGCCAUGGGGAAAAAGCUGGGUUUCUACGCCGUCACCGUGGUGUUUGGUCUGGUGUUGCACGGCUUGUUCAUCCUGCCUUCCAUGUACUUCUUCAUCACCAAAAAGAGCCCCAUCGUUUACAUACGGGGAAUCCUGCAAGCCCUGCUCAUCGCCCUGGCAACCUCUUCCAGCUCUGCCACAUUGCCUAUAACCUUCAAGUGCCUCUUAGAGAACAACCACAUUGACCGCCGCAUCAUCCGUUUUGUGCUCCCUGUGGGUGCCACCAUCAAUAUGGACGGCACCGCUCUCUACGAGGCUGUGGCAGCAAUAUUCAUCGCACAAGUGAACAAUUACGAGCUGGACUUUGGUCAGAUCAUCACCAUCAGUAUCACAGCCACUGCAGCCAGUAUUGGUGCAGCAGGGAUCCCACAAGCUGGACUGGUCACCAUGGUGAUAGUGCUAACAUCUGUUGGGUUGCCAACUGAUGACAUCACUCUCAUCAUUGCAGUCGACUGGGCAUUAGACAGAUUCCGCACCAUGGUGAAUGUAAUGGGGGAUGCUUUGGCCACAGGCAUCAUGGCACACAUCUGCAGGAAAGACUUCAUGCAAGAGGGAGAUGGGGUGCCAAUGAUGUGUGAGCCCAAACCCGUGUUGAACCCCCCAACUCUGAUGAACUGUCACAACAACAACGGCAACUACCGGCCCCCUUCUUCAGGAGCCAAGCACGAGCUUAUCCCUUCUGACGUGGCCCGGCUGAUACAGCUGGAGGAGGGCGUCCGGCCGCCUACAGAGAGGAAGAAGCCUCCGAUUCCCUCGAGGAAUCUGAAGAAGAGCAAAGAACACUGCACCAUUGACAUUAAUGGUCUUGAGACCAAUGUAUAACCUCCUCCUGGAGUUUAUCAGGUCGUCUGUGUAGGAGUGCUGAUCAGGACCUCGGAGCAAAGGACGUCUGUACAGGUGGGAGGACAGAACGGCCAUCUCUCAUCUUAGUGUGGUGGGGGCAAAACUUAUUGGUUACAAGAUGUCCUGAAAUCUAAGAGGAAAGCCAUGUAGUGAGGAAAUUGUACAUCAGUGAAAUGCUUUCUGUGAGAUUGGACAAGUGUCUCACUAACCGUGGAAUUAAUGACACUAAAAGGACAACAUGUUUAUGAUUUCAUACAUAAAAUGUGUCCUUGGUGUGGACCUGCACCUAAACUCCCAGACUCGGAUUACAGGUGUGAGUACUUGCAUUGAUGAACUGAUUUGUAUUUGAUAUCUUCAUUUUAUAUUAUUUAUGAUUUUAGUUUUUGUCUGUAUUUAUUAUAUUUUAUACUACUGCAAGCAACCAGCUGUUUGUGUCGUAUAAGCAGCCUGGUCUCCUAAAAACUCAGUUCCCAUACAAUUAAACUGCAAUGUCAAUGACUUCGAGGGAAACAUAUUUUUUCACGGAUUACAUUUGUUUUUGACGUACCACAGAUAUGUUUGUAAUCAAUCAGAAAUCUGCAUAGGCAGGAGGUCGGGGAGGUUGGGUGGAUCAAACACACAGGACUUUCCCCCAGGAGACUGCUGUUAGUGUCCUGUGUGAAAUCAAAAGUCAUCGUUGACUUUUUAUGGCUCCGCCACUGCGACAGCGCAAGCGUCCACACGACUCACAGAUAAACUGAAUUAGAAUUUGGGGGUCAAAGGUCACAUCCGUUCCAUUCUUGUGAACGUGUUAUCCCAGGAGUGCCUGGAGGGAAUUUCUUCCGAUUUGGGACAAAACGUCCACUUGGACUCAAGAUAAACUGGUUCAAUUUUGGUGGUCAAAAGGCAAACGCUAACCUCGUCAUAAUUAUGGCCUUUUGGCCAUAAUUUUAUAAGAAUUCAUAUGCUAAUUUUGCAAAAAUGUCUAAUAGCAUAAAGUGAUGACAUUUUAGACUGACAUGGAUGUAAACU